AUGACAAAUUACACAAUUGAGGAAAUAUUAGAGUCAAUACUCGGCCCAAAGACGCAACCUUAUUGGUUGACAGUGACCUUGACAUCGAUUUAUAUCCUCAUAUUCGUCAGCGGAUUGGUCGGCAACCUGGUGACCUGUUACGUCAUCAUUAGGAAUCGACGAAUGAGAACUGUCACAAAUUGUUACCUCUUCUCAUUGGCUGUCGCCGAUAUAUUGACGCUUCUGAUUGGCCUGCCCCCAGAGGUGUACAGCAUAUUCGAGGCCUACCCGUGGAGGUUAGGUAGGACGUAUUGCUUACUGAAAACCUAUUUCACCGAAACUACGUCAUCGGCGUCUGUGCUCACCAUCACCUGCUUCACGGUCGAAAGGUACAUGGCCGUCUGCCAUUCUUUCAAACUCCAGGCAAUGUCCGGAUUGAAACGCGCCAUCAGAAACGUAGCAGCAAUCUGGGUGAUCUCCAUGAUCAGUGCCCUGCCCUAUCCUGCCCACACUCGGGUUUUUCCCUAUUACGUCACAGACGGCAAAGAACCUAUAUAUUUAUGUAACAUCCCUGAAAAAUGGCGGACUGUCAUGGCGGUCGUGAUGCAAGCAACAACAUUUCUUUUAUUCAUCUUCCCCAUGUUCCUAAUUUCCGUGCUCUACAUAUUAGUGGGGAUAAAAUUGAAAGGGCCGGAAAUUGGGAUGGGCGGAUUUUUUAAAAAAACGGAGGCGAGCGAUGAUAAGAAGAGGAUAAAACCGAGGAAAUCUGUGCUUAAAAUGCUUGUAGCAGUAGUAGUAGCAUUUUUUAUUUGUUGGGCACCAUUCCACGUUCAAAGGUUGAUGACGAUAUAUGGGGAGGGAUCGAUCAUGGAUUCCAUGUAUUGGGAUAUACUCUUCUACGUGUCUGGCAUCUUAUACUUCGUAAGUUGUACAAUCAAUCCAAUCCUUUACAACUUGAUGUCUGAGAACUUCAAAGAAGCUUUCAAGAGUACACUCUGCUGCGAAAAUUCCCGAAGAUGUUGCGGAAACUUGAAAAUUUGUCAUGAAAAGUCACAAAAACAUUGCGAAAAAUCACCAAAUCGUCGCGAAAUCUCGCCAAAUCCUGGCGCGAAAUCACGAAAAUGUUGUUGUUGGGUCGAUAGAACCGUCUCCGAGACGUGCGAGCCGAGCAUUUUAUACAAGAUGAGUGAAACGUUCACCAACUACAAUAACCCAACAACAACAAUCCAACAACAACAAUAA